AUGGAAAGAUUGAGAAGAAUUGAUAAAGAUGUGAAGAAGAUAAAAUGGGAAGAUUUCGAGAAUGAGCUCACGCGGAUAUUGAGUCUUUAUUCUGCUCUGGAAGAAGCAAACGAGAGGAAGCGAAACCUGCAACAAAAGCUUGAGCCUCUUAUUCAGGUGAAUGCUGAAACAUUGAGCCGCAGAAAUGAACUUGAAGAAAUGCGUCAGAGGCUGGAAGCUAGAAAAUUGCUGGUCGAAAAAACAUCAGCUGCUAGCAAAGUUGCCGAACAUGAUGCUAAAAAGAAAGAGGAGAAACUCAGUACCGAAGUAAAAGCUUUGGUGAUUGGUGGCACAUCCCUUUCUGUCACUAAGAGUAAAUCUCAGGAUUCAAACUGCCAACUAGAAGGAGAAAGAGAUUAUGCUCGUCUAAAUUCUGUGAUGAAUAAGCUGAGAAAAAGGCAACAAAAUAUGAUAUCACUUGUGUCACGUAUCUAUCAUUUGAAGAUCAAGGCUGGACUUUCAGAAGACCAAAAACUUGAAUCAUUUCCUGGUGGCAGUAAAUCAGGAACUACGCCUGUUACUGAAGGCGGCUCUGUGACAAUUUUAGGUUUGCCUUUUAGUAUGGCUCCGUUUGCAAAGAUGAGCUUCUUUACCGACAAGGAGGAGGCUCAGAGGUCUGCAACCGCCCUGGGUUAUGUAGCUCAUGCUGUGUCACUAAUAGCUUCCUACUUGACAGUGCCUCUUCGUUAUCCUUUGCGCUUUGGUGGUUCCAAAUCUUAUAUUCGAGACUUUGCACCCUCCAUUGAGCCUUUAUCAUCUGACAUGACUCCAAUUGCCACACUUUCCGAGAACCUAACAUUUGUAGAGUUCCCUCUGUUUCUGGAUGGUCAAGAUUCAACCCGAGCUGCCUAUGCUGUCUUCUUACUGAACAAGAACAUUGAACAACUGCUGAACAUUGUGGGGAAAACUACUCGAGGAUCACGUCAGUUACUGCAAAACCUUAAAGAGCUAACUCAGAUCAUCCAAUCUCCAAUGUUUCUAGAGACAUGA